CUUACGGUCCUCCAGUACGUGGUCCACUAUCCCUGAAGUGGUUGUGGGUCCCAAACAAGAAAAAUAGGCCCGCCCACAUCUUCAGGGACAGGUAUCGCGAGCAACUAGCUUCCAUGUUGCCAGACCAGGUGGUGUGGCAGCCAUAUGAAGCUCAUUUUGACGACCUCCCGCCGUGGUGUGUUGCAGGGAGGGCCGUAUGGACGGCAAGGGUGCCGCUUGUAUGUUUCCACCUAGUAGAGAAACAUACACCGGAUCGUGUUGUUCGUCAAUUCGGGAUGAUCCAAGAAAUUCCCCGCGCUGUUAACACUGACAAAGUGCUUCAUGGCAUUGAUUUGAGGGGGAAGAUCGGUGUUAAUUGGAUGCAGAAGCAUGCUGCGCAUAUCCUUGAGUGGGGUAAUCGCUUUGAUCGGCGUUGCGAAGCUGUGCUUGGUGAUAUGCCUCCAGAGCACGAGUACCACGACUGGUUCAAAAGGGUGACUCGGAGGUUCAUCGAUAGGCCUGGUGCUGUAGUGACUCUGCUGAUUGAAGGAUAUGUCCGUUUGUUGAGGCGUCAUCCAGUGGGCACCGAGGACCACAACGACAUUACUGAGCUAUGCCUACCGGCCCAAGCACGAGCACAGCUCCGGCCGGAUGUCAAUCUCCAACCUCCUAUCCCUGAGGCCCCGAUUGAGGAGGCAGCUAUGCCUACCGGCCCAAGCACGAGCACAGCUCCGGCCGGAUGUCAAUCUCGUCCGCUUGUUGCUACCCCCCAGCUUGUCCCUGCCCCCGAUCCCUCUGCAUCCACCUCACAUGCAUCUGCCAGCCCCACCAUACCUUCAUCCACCCCACAUCCAUCCCCUACCGUCACCAUCCCUUCACCCAACCCACAUUCAGCUCCUACGCCCACCAUCCCUUCACCUAGCUCACAUCCAGCCCCUACGCCCACCAUCCCUUCACGUAGCCCACAUCCAGCCCCUACGCCCACCAUCCCUUCACCCACCCCCCAUCCAUCUCCUUGCCCCACCAUCCCUCCACCCACCCCACUUCCUUGUGAUGGGUCUGACGUCCGUCCACCCACCCCACAGUCAUUUCUUCAGCUGUCACCCAUUCCAUCCUUUGACCUGGGUACCCCACCUGACAUGCAGCAGGAGCCACCCUCCCAUAGUUCGUUUAGUACCCCUUCUUCAGCCAUUGACGCACCCCAUGUUCAGGCUGAGCAGGCGGUUGGGUUACCUACAGCGGCUGAAGCUCGGCCUAAACGCAUAUCAAAGGCACCUCCGUGUGGGACAGGGGGGCACAAACAUGGACACAAUGUUGGGCCUGAGGCAUCUGACGAAGGACAUGCAAGACCUCCUCCUCAUUAUACGAGACGGCGUAAGAUUCAAAAAAGGUAGAAAUGGACAUGGAAGAGACUUGUGGAUGGAAAUGGAAAUUUAUCUGGACUGCAAGAAAGAAUGCCUGAGAAUAACAUAGUACCCCCUCUAGGAGAAGAUACACCUGAUGGUAUGCAUCAAUCCUUGGCUUUAUACCUAACAUAAUAUUGAUUUUAUCUGAUAUGGCUUGACUCAGGGGUUGUAUGUAUCUCUAUUUGUGUGUUUUCCAUAGUAUUACUGCCUCUGCAUUUAUAUGCAUUUAGCAAGUAUACUUUUGUAUCUUUAACGGCACUCUUUGCUUUACACUUAGAAUCCUUAUAAUAGAUUCUUUAAAAGUGUGUCUAUUUCUUAUGUGCCUUUUUCCUUUAUAAUGUUUGAGCUUGUGUUAAGGCUGGUUUGGAUUGAUCCGGUUAGGUAACUGAUAUCAUUUUACACAAAUGUUCCAUAAUUUUUCUUUCUUCACUUGUUUUCCCUAAAAAAAUUUGCUUUUGUUAAUAUAUCUCUAACCACAUUUGACAUAAGAAGAAAUCAAGGAAUGUGGAUGUGGAAGAUCUACAAUUAAAAUUGAAAAGGAUAAAAAGAAAAAGAAAAAUAUAAAAUCAAGACACUCAUUGAAAACAAGGAUUGUGUCAUACCAGUUGGAGUUAGCAUUGUCUAUAUUGAUUAUUCUUUUCUUCACCUCCCCUUUUCCUUUUAUUUUUAAUGUUUAAGCUUGGUUAAGGCUGGGUCAGCUGGGUAAAUGAUGAACUUGGUUGUUGCUGUGACGGUGAUGAGAGGUUACUUGUUGCAGAAUAUAUGCCUACUGAUACAUUAGCAAAGCAGUUAUUUCAUUGUAAGUUUGUAAGCUUAUCCUUGGUGUUGUUGCAUGAGCACUACUCUAUAUAUAAUUGUAUGUUAUCUAUUAACUAAAUCCACUCUCUAAGUUUAAUCUUAUAAAAUGCAAGAAGCAGGUCCUUUAAUGAUUCCCUGCAUGGACAUGGCUUGCCUGAAUUCUAUAGAAAUAAUUAAAUCAACUAUAAAUUAAUAAAUAAUGCAACAUGUAUGUAGGUUA